GGGAAAUGCCUGUUGUCUUUGCGUUGGCCCAUAUAGACAAUGGUUGGAGCGCUGGAGCUAACGCAAAUUCAAUGACAGCAUUCAAGGGCGAUGAUGUAAAUCGGAAUGAGGGUUCUUGCAUCUGUUUUUUAUUUUUAUUUUUUUGUCGAAUCCACUAGCUGCAACCUGGAGGAACAGAAACGGUAGCAGAAAAGAUCGCGUCCACCACCUUGGCUUGAGCGACGUAAACCCCAAUUCUCAAGAACUUGACUAAAACCACGGAAAUCAUCUCUUGAUGUGCCCCUCAAUUCAAGUUUUCAUCCGAAACAGAGCGACACGAUUGCAGUACUAAUUUCAAUACACUCCAUACCACUACAUUAAUUCAGUUUUGUCUGCCCGAAAAUACUGAGCUCAAUUCCCACGGCAAUUUCUGGCGGGUUUCGCAAGUAAUAUUCCAUCUCUUCCACUCCCCAUCAAUGACCUCCGACCCCGCGCCCUCGGCCUCGGCGCCAGACUCGCGCAUCAACACCAAGGAUGGAAGGCAGUACUGGGAGGCGGUCAACGCCGACGUCGAUGGCAUGCUAGGUGGGUUCCCUUACGUGACCAAGGUCGAUCUUCAAGGAUCCAAAAACUUCUUGGCCAAGAUGGGCAUAGGCAACAAGGAGGGGCUGAGGAUAGUACAGUCGGCCAUGGAAGGGGGCGCCGGCAUCGGGAGGAUAACCAAAGGACUGCUGCUCCACGUUGCUGAGCAGGUCGACAUUGUGGAACCAAUCGCCAAGUUCACAGAAGGCCUUAGCGAGGUCUCUGGUGUGAGGACAGUGAGCAACAUUGGGUUGGAGGAAUGGACUCCACCACCUGGGAUGCAGUAUGAUCUCGUUUGGACGCAGUGGUGUCUAGGUCAUCUCACAGACCAGCAGGUGGUUGCCUACCUCGAGAGAUGUAAGGCUGCCUUGGUUCCUGAGACUGGGUUCAUCGUUGUCAAGGAGAACCUCAACACUGGAAUUGAAGAUUUAUUUGAUGAUGUGGAUAGUAGUGUCACUAGGCGAGAUGAGAAGUUCCUUGAGCUUUUCAAGGCUGCUGGGCUUCGGCUGGUGAAAAGCGAGAUACAAAAAGGCAUGCCCAAAGAGCUAUUCCCAGUCAAGACUUAUGCUUUGAGAUAAUCUAUCUACACGGUCUAUUCUGGAGCACAUGGGCUGUGUGCCUUCCUGUCAUUUCGCACCAAGAAAACACGGCGCCGCCUUUGGCCUGAAGUCCUUUCUUCGUACAAUAUCUACCAGCAACCUCUAAGUUAUGCACCACGGACACCUACCUCACUGCUCAAGCUUGAACUUGUACGGAUCAAGGCCCUUGACACCAACAUCGAUCCUAAAAAGCCCACCGUCGUACUUCUUGCUCCAUUCAGGUCCUUCGUCGUCACCAGCUGUCGUGAUGUACAACAUGGUACCGACAAACUCGACGCACGUGAUGUUGUUGGUCGGCAUCUUGAUGACACCCGUAACCUUGCCUUCGGGCGAGAUGCGAAGCACGCGGGCCUCGCCGUAGAAGGCAUGCCAGAUGUUGCCCUCGGCAUCGACGCGGAACCCAUCGGGGCCGCCAGAGCCGUCGUGCUUGUAAAGGACGCGCUCGUUGGAUAGGCUGCCGUCCUCUGGCGAGUAAUCCCAUGCCAUGAUGACACCAGCUGUUGUGUGCGUAAAGUACAUGAUCUUGCCAUCCGGUGACCAGCCUACCGAGUUGGGGAUGGUCAAGUCACUCAGGACAGUCUCUUUAGACUUGCUGCCAUCGAAGCGCAUCAGGAAACCUUGGGGUUGUCUAGGGUCAGCACGAAGCUCCCCUUGCACGUGCAUAAUCUCGACAGCUCAUGUGAGAGAAAGUAACUCACCCUCGGGCCACACGCCGUUCAGAUAAAAGUCGUUCAUGGUGCCGAUCCAGAAGCGGCCGUGCGGGUCAACGGCGCCAUCGUUGCCUCUCAGGCGCUUGUCGUCCUCAUCCUUGAACUUGGUCAGGUACUCAUACUUUCCCGUCUUGCAGUCAAGAGUGGCCAUGCCGUACUUGAGUCCGACCAGGAUCUUCUCGGCCGGGUCGACGCCUUCAAUGUCGGCCGUCACACCGAUGGGGACGUCGAUCUCGAGAGUCUCGAGAGAGUCCGGGCCCUUGUCGAGGGACACGGUGUGCAACCGGUUCUUCUUGAGAUCAACAAAGCGCAGGCGGUUGUAUUCCUUUUCGUAGUAGGGACCCUCGCCGAGGGCGCAAUGAAGGUCGAUCCACGGCUCCUUGACCUCCCAUGUCUGAAUAUCUUGGCCCGCCAUUAUGCUGUUGGUCGUUGGUGCAUAUGCCUAUUUCGUGGCUUGUCUUUUAUUAAUGUGCUGUCAGCACCUGCCCGGAUACCUUUGAAACUUGUUCCUUUCCCACAAAUU